UACAAAUCUGAGCGGAAGAGCUAUUCCCAAUUAACUUCAUCAUCCUAACAAAGAGGUGAUUAGGAGUAGUUAAUAAGGAAUAGCUGUUCUGGAAUAAUCCCUUUUUAAGACAAACCCCUUACUCUUUCUAUAAUUGCAUUUUAGGAAGCUAUUCUGUACUGAAUCAGCAUGGGAUAGAGUGCCUAGAAGACGUUCAGACCAAGCACAGCUAGCGCGUCCCUGCUGAUUCUCCAUUCUGCAUCCGUGCAGCCACGUUCUAUUGAUGGCCUGUUGUGAUUUCAAUGGAACAUCAUGGGAUGUACCUGGCACGUCGGGCAGCACUGGAUGGAGGUGCCUUUAGCCCAAUGUACCUGGCAUGGUGGUAAGGUGAAGGUGAAAGGAAGAGAAGGUGGAGAUGGAACUGCCAAAUCAUGCCAAACAACUGCUAUUGCAGCUGAACCAGCAACGAGCCAAAGGUUUCCUCUGUGAUGUGAUCAUUGUAGUAGAAAAUGCCCUGUUUCGUGCCCAUAAGAACAUCCUGGCAGCCAGCAGCAUGUAUUUCAAAUCCCUUGUCCUGCAUGACAACCUGAUUAACUUAGACACGGACAUGGUGAACCCCACCGUGUUCCGGCAGAUCUUGGACUUUAUUUAUACUGGUAAGCUCUUAACGACUGACCAGCCCGGUGAACAGAACUUUAAUGCUCUCCUCACCGCAGCAAGCUACCUCCAACUGCACGACCUGGCAGCUCUCUGCAGAAAGAAGCUGAAGCGGAACGGCAAGUCCUUUGCUGGCAAGGCCGGUGGCCUUGGUGUCGGGAGAUCUGCCAGGAGUCAGAGACUUUCCACUGCUUCGGUCAUCCAAGCUCGCUAUUCAGGGUCAAAUGAGGGGUUGAAGGGCUCGCACUCAAAAGAGCUGUCAAAGGGAAAGCUCUCCGAUGACGAGGUCUUCAUCAGCAGCUCCAACCAAGAGAACUGUCACUCCUUAAGCAGGGGAGCCAGUAAGAACGGUGGUGGGAGCGGCAGUGCGAAUGGGAGCACUGGGGACCAGGAGCUAGGCCUCGAUCUGUCCAAAAAAAGCCCGUCGCUCCCUGUUGCAGCCUCCCAUGACGACACGCAGCACAGCGAAAGCCAGCACGGCUCUCCCCAAUCUGCCUCAGCCCCUGCAGCCAACAGUGCCUCAUCAUUCGACGAGUCUGGAGUAGGAGCCCCUCACAGCAUGGCGGACAGCAGCGACCCCAUGGAGAUGGAUCUGAGCGAAGAGUGCCACCACUCGCUGACAGAGAGCAGCCAGCGCAAGGGCCUCCGGCACUCGUCCCGCAAGAAGGAGUGGAUCAAGAAAGACAAUGCCUUCGACCGAAAGGAGGGGAGCAAAGACAGGGACGAGGGUGAAGGGCUGCCCAAUGGUAUCCUGCUGGGAUCCUUGUCCAAGUCUGUGGAGAGGAGUCUGGCUGGGGCGUACGGCGCAGACCUACCCUACCCGUGUAAGGAGGAGGUGGAAAAUGGCAAGGAGAACAGUGACGACAGUGGCCAGAGCGAGAGCGAGAGCGGCGGGCAUACUAGUGCCAACUACGUCUACCGGCAGGAGGGGUUUGAGCCAGUGGCCUACGGUGACAACCUGUAUGUCUGUAUUCCCUGUGGCAAAGGCUUCCCGAGCUCUGAGCAACUCAACGCCCAUGUGGAGACACACACCGAGGAAGACCUUUACAUCAAGGAGGAAGGCACAUACGGCGGCAAGGAUGAAGCCGAGGAUUUGUCCAACCCCAACCAGUCCUACGCCGCAGAAUCCCGACCCUUCAAGUGUUCAGUGUGUGAGAAGAGCUACAAGGAUCCAGCCACGCUGCGGCAGCAUGAGAAGACUCACUGGCUGACACGGCCCUUCCCUUGCAACAUCUGCGGCAAGAUGUUCACGCAGCGGGGCACCAUGACACGGCACAUGCGCAGCCACUUAGGGCUCAAGCCCUUUGCUUGCGAGGAAUGCGGGAUGCGCUUUACCCGGCAGUACCGACUGACAGAGCAUAUGCGUGUCCACUCAGGAGAAAAACCUUACGAAUGUCAACUGUGUGGUGGGAAAUUUACCCAGCAGCGCAAUCUGAUCAGCCACCUGCGAAUGCAUACCUCUCCCACAUAAGCCAAAGACUCCAGAAUGAGCUUCGAGCCCAUCCGCAGUGAUUUACCUUUCUGUAGACUUGCUGCUUAAAAAAAAAAAAUAAGAAAAAAGAAAAAAAACAAAAAAGGGGGCAAGUCCCCAAACUCUGUUCAGUCAUGGGAGGCCUAAACAAAUGUAGCUUUAACAUUUAAAAAAAAAAAAAGUUCCUUUUUUCCCUUUUUUUAAAAAAAAGAAAGGUCCACAGCCAAGCUGAUGCAUUUAGUCCAACUCUCCCUCCAAAUCGUGGUGAUCCGGCAAGAAAUGCCACUUCUUUUUGCACACAUUGACUUCAUUGUCAUACUGAUUAUCUGGAGCAGGUAGGAGGGGGACCAUGGGGAACUUUCAGCCUCUGCUGGCUCCCCACUCCCUGCCUCUUUCCUUCCUGUUACUGUCACCCUACUCGCCUCCUUUCUUAAACCCAAACUUAGUAGGGGCAUUUCUUGCCAUCAAAAAGAAAAUAAAAUACACCUUUCCAGUGGCCUAAGUAGCUGUGAAACAACACAGCCUUGCAUUCACAAGUGCAGAAGCUGUGUCUGUGGACCAUCUCACAGAGUUGGCAGCCCCUUCAGAUACUGUGGGAAAGCCACAGCAGUGGUGGAACCCACCAAACUUCCCCUGGCCUGGCGGUGGCGGGGAGUGCACCAGCCCGAGUGAUGCCUUCCUCACCAUGCCUUCCUCUUUUGGUUUUGAUCUUUAUCCUUGGCACACGUAACCACACACCACCUCCUUCCCACAAAACACACAAACCUCUUCUGCCUUACCCAUGACUGAACAGGGCCUGGAUGCCCUGGGAAUUUCUUUCAGUGAGCAGGGGGUCGUCUUUACUUUUCUAGUAGUUUCGUAUGAAUAUUCUUUGCUUAGAGGUACUUGUUUUAUUAAAGGAAAAACCAUUGUAACGUUUAUGUGAAUGUUUGAACUGGAAGGUCUGAGGUUAAUUCUAGGGUGGGUGGGUGGGGAGGGGGUUUGAUGUAGGCUGGACUUGCUACAAGUUCUUUAGGUACUUUUUUAUUGUUUUUUAUUUUAUUUUUUGUGUGUGUGUAUGUUUUUAGCUUUCCUCCCUCACUAAAGAGCGAGUCUGUGUGGACAGGCUUGUCACCUUUGCUACCUCUUGAAUUCAUGAGAACAAUAAGAUGGUUAGUGAAAGAUUAGGCUUUUUUUUUUUUUUCUUUUAUUGUAAGUAAUUAAAUGUAUAAAAGUAGAAGCUAAAUUAAAGUUAAGGGAUUUUUACCACCCUGUCCUUCCAUCAAAAGUCAGCUAGAGAAAUGUUAAGCAAAGCUUGGCCAAAGACGAAGCGAAAAAAAUAGGUUGAGCCAGGGGCUGUGCUGGCUGCUUGGACUGGCUCUGUGGCUCACUUGCAGUCUCUUGGCUGGUUAUAGUCACUUUUAGAUAAAAGAAGAAAACUUCUCUGAGCUUUUUGGGCCCUUUCCAGCUUUGUUUAUUGAAUCUGGAUCCCAUGGGGAGGGGAAAAUGUCCCUCUCAUCUUCCACUCCCCCAGCACAUCUGGGUCAGUCUGUAAACACCUGGCAGGACAGAGGGUGAGGGCAUAGCAGCCUAUAAUUUACUAGAAUCCAGAGUGCAAUAAGGUGGGGGAGAGGAGGAAAAAGCAAACCAAAGUGUUUCAUAUCCUCCCUUUUAGACAAUUUAACACACGCACACAAAAAAAAAAAAAAAGGAAAAAAGGAAAAAAAAAAAGAAAAAUGAAAAGAAAAAGAAACAAAAUGUUCUUGCAACAUCUGCAUAAGACAUCACAGCCAACAGCUGCUAUUGGUUUAGGAGAGAAGACAGAGAACUCAGCCCACCAAUUCUUGGCCCCCUUGACUUUGUUGGCGUGACCUUGUGGAAAGCUAUGGCUUAUUUCAAGCCUCCCGUGACUGUGGUGGUAAAAAUUCACAGCCAGUAGAAUCAUCCCUUCUGAAUUGAGUCAGGUUUACACUUGUGUUUUCUCAGUUGUUUGUUUUGUUUGGGUUUUUCCCCCAUUCAAACCAAUUUAGUCUCUGCGGAAGGUUCACCAGACCUCACGCUUUGUCUUUUUAAAAAAAAAAAACAAAACCAUUUUUUUUAAAGUUUUGACCAAAAAAAGGAAAAAAAAAAAAGAAAAAAGUGAGCAUGUUUGACUAAAACAAAGGAAUAUAAGCUUCAUUUUCUAUUGGUUUUUUUUUUUGUUUUGUUUGUUUGUUUGUUUUUUUGUUUGUUUGUUAAGGUAGACUAGUCCAUAAGAAGUUUUUGGGUCAAUUGAAUGAACUAAGGAAACUGGAACCCAGGCUCCAAGCAAUAGAGAUCCCAAAGGCUGAGCCUUGGCCUGGUGUUAUGUUACAGGGAACACACUGGCCCCUCUCCCGCCAUGCUCCAGGGUGCUGCUACCAGUGCCAUUGUCUGCCUGUCCUGGACCCUGCGAGAGGGGAGCAUGGACUUGUGUUUUUUCCUAACUGUGCUGAGAUGCGCUGUUUUCUUCUGGGGGGUUAGGUGGGAUUUUAGUGUCUUUAGCACUUCCACAUUUUGAAUAUAUAUUGAAUUCUUUUUUCCUUGAUUCCUUGCCAAAACCCCCUGAGAAUGUCCCCAAAAUAGCCUUUGGGGAGGACAGGGAAGGCCCUGCCAUCUACCUUUUUCUCAGAGCAAGUCUCAGCAGGGCUGAGGGACAGCAGUGCAACGUUAGUUCCUAGGCACUUUCACCCUGCCUUUACCUGCCCUCCAAC